AUGUGCGAUAAACAACAGCAAAAAUCAGAACCGGAUCGCAUUAAUGUGGUAUUUCUGUGCGACGAAUGGAAAUCGUCUCGCGGUGGCAUAUCUACUUUUAACCGAGAGUUCGCCAUUCAUUUAGCCAAAUUUUGGAGUUUCAUCGUCAAUGUUUAUUGCUACGUAUUCGGAAGCAGUGAUCAGGACAGAGAGGAUGCACGAAACAACAAUGUGAAUUUAAUAACUGCAAAAAGAGUCCCCGGAUCUACAGACCCAAUGGAUAGCUUGAAGAUUCCUCCUCCAGGAGUUGAUGUUGAUGUCGUGGUUGGUAAUGGACGAAAAUUCGGUGUGGCCGCUUAUUUUAUAGCGCACUUCACCAGCUGUAAGUGGGUGCAAAUUAUUCACGUAAAUUGUGAAGACCUAGGAAAACACAAAGAAGAGGCAGAAGGGGUAACAGACACUAUCGAUGAUAACGAAAAUAAACACAAUAAUGAAUUGGACCUAUGCAAAGAAGCACACAAGGUAAUUUGCGUCGGUAGAAUGCUACGUGAAAAGUAUAAAUCGUUUCUCCCCGAUAUCAGUGUUGAAAUGAUAACACCAGGAACUUUCGAAAAUUUUAGCCCGUCUAAGCAUUGUUCAUCUCGGCUACUUUCUGAUGACGAAAGCUCAAAAGAGAAGGAAUUCAAAGUCUUCAUCCUCGGGCGGUUAAAGAUGGAGGAUCUUUACGUUAAAGGCCUAGAUAUUAUUGCUAAUGCAGUGGCUCUUUUGGAAAGGAGGUUCCAAUUGAUAUGUGUGGGCUCCCCGGCAGGUGAACAAAAAGGUUUUCGUUGUUGGUUCCUUAAAAAUACGAAAAUCACUGACGAACAACUCACAAUCCGUCGGUACUGCGACCAAACAAAACUAAAAGAAAUGUUCCAGGAGGCAGAUUUGGUGGCUUUGCCGUCUCGCGCUGAGGGGUUCGGUUUGAUCGCUCUUGAAGCGAUUUCAGCCAGGAAACCGGUCCUUAUAUCAAGUCAGGCCGGAAUUUCUGUAUCACUUGGUGAGGUGAAGGGUGGAAGUGAUGUAACUGUGGCAUCUACUGAGCCACAAGAGUGGGCAAAGAAGGUAACCGAGUUGUCCUCCCAAACCUCUCAAGAGAGACACGGAAAGGCUCUUCACCUUCGGGAGAAUUACCGGGAAGUUUACUGCUGGAAGAAAGAGACAGAAAAAUUCAUAACUCUGGUCAAGAAUCUAAGUCGUGGUGGUAAUGCAGAUACCAGUAACUAGAUUAUUAAUGCAUUUUAUUCAAUAGUUUUCACAUAGUGUUUCAAUUUUCGUUUGAUUUAUAAGUCAUUGUAGCCAUUGUUUCAAUUUUUCUAUGACGAUGCAGACAAAGAUAGAAAAUCAUUAAGUUUAAGACUGACAAAAAAUUUUCUUGUAGUCUUGUAUGCACUAAGGUGAAAAGAAAAUUUUAGUGAAAAAAUAUUAGAUGAACAACACCAAAGGUUCGAGUUUUUUCGUUUAAAAUUGAAAUAUAUGCAAUAUUCUGCUUUAGGUAGCAGAAAAUGAAUAAGUUGAGCGACUCUAAUUUAAUGAUUGUUUAACUAUUUCAACAGGCGACAACGUGUCGGACAAGGAGAAUGCCGGGGUGGAAAAAUCACUUAAAAUAAAAUCAAAGCAGGAUCAAAGCUGGACCAAAGCUGGACCUCAGCCAGAUCGAACACCACUGGGAGAAGUGCAGAACAAAAAGCGGAAAGUACACGAUAAAGAAACUGGGAAAAGCCUAGAUCAAAUCCCCCAAGCAGCGAAAAGGCUACCAUCCAGGAAGGAUGUGUGUACCUUUUGUUCUUAG